GUUACGGCCUUGACUCUUAUGUCAAGUGAGCUGGAAAAUAGUCAGCAUAUAGUUUGAAUCCAUCGGGGAAUGAACGGUCGGAAGCAGGAGCAGAUCGCAAGACGCAGGCAACCGACUCGAGUGUAGCUAAACGUGGCUAAACUUGAUUUCCUUGGGAUCGUUCGUAGGCAAUGCUUGUUGACUAGUUGGAUUCCAGUUGGUUUCCAGACAUAGAAUGAGAAGGAUGCAUUCGUCUUAUCGAUCUUUUGAUAGAAGCCAAGGAGCCAUUUAUCCCAUAGAGUCGGGCCCCAGUCACGAUCCCAUUCCGGAGCCGAAAGAGCGCGGGAGUAACUUUGGCAAUCUAAUGAUCUUUGCGCUAAUUGGCUACAUAUCGGGCAUCCUCUUGAUCCUCGCUUGGUAUGUCAUCGACUUUGGCAGGGAACGCAAAGAAUUGAGCUUGAAGUGGCUAUGCAUCGUGCUUCUUGGACUCCUGUUUCUGAUAGUCAUCUACAAUCGAGCUACCAAAUCCAUUGGCGCAUUAUCCUUGAUCUCCAUUUUAGGUUACGCAGGACUUGAGCUAAGCGUUUGUCUGGCCUUCAUCCUUGCUGCCCUGGGUCCUGUGACCAACAUAAUGGCGAAUAUAGAGAUAAUGGCGUACAGUUUGUACUGUGGCCAAACGCUGCUCAGGGCGGCGCUGACGCCCAUGCACGAGAUCAUGGGCGCGCCUGUCUACGUGGUCGAGCAGGCGGUCUACAGCUGUUUGAGCCAGGUGAGAAAGCUAAUGGACCGCGUGGACUCUGUGCUACGGGGUCUUGAGCAGCCUAUUAUGCGGCUCUAUGCUGGCUACAAGGACUGCGAUAGCUGGCUGUUGCAUCAGCAAAGCUUCUUCGAAGCUCAAAUGGGUUCGCCGUAUGAUCGCUGCUUGGGCGCUGGCACGAUCAGCAUGCAGGACUGCAAGCUGAAGUUCAAGGAUCAGCCGUCCGCCUGCGGUCUUCAGAACCACUUCGAGUGGUUCUGCUCGAAUCUAAAGGAUCUGCCCAGUUUCUUCGACGUUCACCUGGAGGAGCAGCAGCAGAUGGUCGAGCAGGUGUUCAGUCGGCCUUCGCACAUGUUCGCCAAGAUCCGGGCCAUGUUCGAGGUGAGCAUUACGUUCGAUCACAAUGCCAAGUCCGGUGAGACGCCUGACGCCUUGGGCAGCGCUCCCGAUCGCCACAUGGCCACUGACUUUGACCGGCAAAUGCAAGUAUUUGGGUUCAUCUAUAUCUGGCUGGCUGCCGUGGUGUUGGUAUUGAUGGUACUGCUGGUGCUGCACGCGAUCUGCUUCCACAUGAACUACUUGAGCAGCCUUCAUUAUCGCAAUUUCUAUUUGACCAGGGAUUUUUUUGAGAUCAGCAAGGCGAAGCCGACCGACUUCUCGCCCGAUCUCCUGCCACUGCGACCCAACGAACGGAAGAUCCUUGUCGCACUGGGCUCUUGGCGCCUGUUGGAGCGCGAGGCGCGCCACUCCAACGCUUCCCUAGUCCUUUUGAUCAUCAUCAACUUGCAGCUCCUUACAAUUUGCGUGCUCGACUAUAGCUUAUCCUGGAUGCUGGCCGACAUGACUGUGCACUUGCACAAGACACCCGAGCUGCAGCCUCCUGCAUAUACGAAGAUUGUGAUUCGAAGAGGCGGACUGAUCGCUGAUAUUCUACGUGGCUUGGUUCAGGCCUUCGAGCCCCUGUCCAAGAAUCUGAUCGUGGACAUACAACACUGCUUGCCCCUGCCUAGGCCACCCUCGUUUGUGCGCUACUGGGAGAUUCUGAUGCUGUGCCUGUUGGCCUGGCUUCUGCUCAUCGGCGAGCCACUCCAUCAUCGGCUGUGCCACAAGAUUAUGUCCAUGUUUUAUCCAGCCCAUGCCAGACAUCGUGCCGCUUUACUACAUGAACGCCUGCGUUAUUCUAGAGACCUGUUUCCACGUCAAGCUAGACGACGGGCGCAAUCGCUUAACUUUUAUGCCUCGGAUGACUGCAAGUUAUUAAAACAUUUGUUGGCCAGGCUAAGUGAAAUCUUAUACAAACUAACCAAAGGCUACCUUGGCGCCUACAAGGGCAAAUACUGCAUUGUCUGCAAUUCAAGGCUGACCUCCAAUAAUUACGUAGCCUGCCAAACGCCCAACUGCAAAGGCGUCUUCUGUGAGAGGUGCUUCUUGGACUUAAGUUCCCAAUGUCCGCUGUGCUCUGCUCGGCUACGAUUUGACGAUGUCUCUCAUGUAUCCGACGUUGAGGACUCAUCUGACGAAGCUGAAUGCGAACCAGAAUAUGAUAUCAGAUUUUAAGUAAUUAAAAGAAAAUUCUGGA